ACUCAACAUCGGCGCACUCGGAGUCAGCUCGUGUCGCGGUCGCCGUCGCGGUAGGUCGGUAUUUGGAUGCAGCAGGCAAAGGCUUUGUAAUUUUUUUUGUAGGAGUGUGUUGAAAAUGUGUAAAUAUUUUUUCACUGCUGCUGCUACAAAUCGAAAAGGAAAAGCUACAUUUGCGAUCGCUGAUCUCUGUUUGGUGCAUGGUGGUGUCUAAUCGUUAUACAACGAUGCUGUAAACACAAGCCGUAGUUAUAAUUUAAUUUUGCUCGAAAAUCUACAUCCGCGAGUGUCCCGGUUAAGUAGCUAGACGUAAACUUGGGUAGAAUCAUUUUGGAUAUAAAAGUGAAACAAAUGAAAUGUUCUGAGCAAAACUUAAAAAAUCAUUGAACAGAUUUUGACGGAUUGUCCUAGGAUUCCUGAUGCAGGGAAAAUCUCAGAAUGCAAAGCUACCCGUGUGGAUAAACUAACAUUCGCCGGAGUUCCCCUGCGAAAAAAAUCUAAUUCAACAAACUUACCAGUAACGAAAUAAGGAAUGUUGGUAAGGAUGUUUUACACAUCCUGCCGGAAUAUGACUCGGGCCAAGAAUUUUGCUCUGCUGGUGCUGUGUUUGCUGAUUGCUGGAAUUUUAAUAUUUAAUACCUCCUCUGCCUCCUCGGAUGACACCAACAAAGAAUACUCGAUGGUAGCCGAGAACGACAGCAUGGUGGUUUGCUUCGAAAAUUUCGACGACACUCGUAAGCUAAUCUUUGAUGCCGGCUAUAAUGAUGUGGAUCAGGAUGCGUCCUCGGAUACAGUCAUCUACUUUGUUACACCGACUUACCCUCGACGAGAGCAGGCGGCCGAAAUUACUCGUCUCGGUCAGACGCUAAUGCAUGUGCCAAAUUUGCACUGGAUUGUGGCGGACGAUACCGAAAGCUGCAAUCCUUUCCUGAAUCAACUGUUGAAAAAAUUUGGCAUACCGUACACUCACAUCGCUAGUCCGAUGCCAGUGUUUUAUCGCACUAGAAAACUUGUCCCUCGUGGUGUGGCAAACCGACGCGCUGCUUUAUCUUGGAUACGUAACAAUAAUAAGAAAACGGGUGUUCUUUAUUUCGGUGAUGAUGAUAACACCUUCGAUUUGAAGCUGUUCAGUGAGAUUCGAACAACUAAAAAAGUUUCCAUGUUCCCAGUUGGCCUAAUUGGCGAUUAUGCUGUCAGUACACCUAUUGUAUCAAAUGGUAAAGUACAGGGUUUCUUUGAUUCUUGGCCGGCAAAAAGAAAGUGGCCUGUGGAUAUGGCUGGCUUCGCAGUAAAUCUAGAAUAUAUGGCGCUUAGUUCGAACGUCACGAUGCCAUACAAGGCCGGCUACGAGGAGGAUGAGUUUCUCAAAAGUAUCGGUCUUAAAAUGCAAGAUAUCGAACCUAAAGCAAAUAAUUGUACGGAAAUUCUCGUCUGGCACACCCAAACCAAGAACAAUAAACCACCAAAGAUACGUAUUAGUAGCGGAGCCUUGCAAAAUGAUAAAGUAAACCUAGGGACACUUCUCAGGCAGCUCGAGUCAAUGGGUGUGAGUCAUAUCAGUCAGUCUGAAGGCACCGCAGCACAAAUUACCAAGGAUGGUAAAUCGAAGUCAUUACUCUCGUGGUUCAGUUAAUUCUUCUCCUCGUGUUUUACAAUAAUUUACACAACUCGAACAUAUAGCGUCGAGCUGUAAGAUGAUAUUAGAAACGGGCUUGUGUUUCAGCUCUGAGAUCUUGAACAUUGACAUAAAAAUCGAACAAAUUUAUAAUACUACACUAUUGAUGGGCCGUUUCCCAACUGACUCAUUAAGAUUUAAUUAAGUUAUACUAAGUCGCACAGGAAUACGCAUCAGCAAAAGAGUACAACUCAUCGUUGGCAAGGUGAACUGCGAGUUAAGCAAAGGUACCCAGUCUUGAGAUUAUUGCACAGCGCAGUUGCGACCAACUGAAUGAUAGAUAAAACUAGUUAUAUCAGAAUUGUUUGAAAUUAAUACUUACAUAAAAGCGUUACGAUUGGCAAAUUAUUAACUUAAACUACUGAAAGUUGCAGGUCAUUUGGCAUACAGUUGUUAGUAGUGUAUCUCGAUUGAAUGGCUUGAAGUAAAGUUUUAUACAUAAAAUGUUAUAUUUAUGACUAGUUCGGCACUUUGUCAACAAAUUUUAAAAAAUAUUCUGGCUAAUAUGUAUAUUUGCAUUUUUUCAAAUUGUUGAGGCUUUGGAUGCAUGGAACAUUGCCAAUUUUCAUAUUUAUUUAGGCGUAUUAGGCGUACAUCGUUAAGAGAUAAUCGACGUAAACGCCGAGUUCCUGCGCGUAUGUGUCGGCCGGGGGGAUUAAAGCGGUUGUUUGUAACGCUUCGGUGUAAACGCGUAUUCAGCCCGGGAGAGUUUUGCUGAUAUAUGGACUUCCGGCGUGUGGUGAUUUCGCGAAGUGAACCCAGAUAUUUCAUCAUAUCUUUCUCAUCUUCAUCAACGUCAAGCCGGAGACUGCUCGCGCGUUGCAUCUAAAUUAUUACAUCGCAAAUCGAAGUAGAUUUCGUUCAGUCGAUAAAUAUCAUUUCAACCUCCGCGUCGAUACCUUCCAUGAGGUCGUAUUAUCUACAGAUAGAUCAACAACGCGCAAUAGUUUUAGGUAUAAAGAGCAUCACCUUACGAGGAGAUAUACGGUAGUUUUAAGUUAUCUCGGUUUAGUCAAAGGUCCUCGCGUACGUUUUAUUGUUGCAGUAUUACAUUAUCAAACUAAAUAAGUUCGAAUCACAUUAUGAAUAUCGUGGCGGAUGUAAUAAACUUGUAGGCGCGACACUUGUUCUGAAGAACCCGACAUUCGAAAUUAGCGCAUCGUUUACCAAAACGAACCCUGCUGUAUACCUUUUCCCUUUCUCCAACAUCCCAGUGAUUUCUCGUGGAAGUGCAGAGGUGUUCUCGGCUUCCAAUAAAGCGAGUAUCACGUCAACAUAUUCCUAUACAAACUCCUUCUUUGACCUGCAUUCGGAUGCGGCCGGCGCUGGUAUUGCCUAAUAUAAAGAUUUAGGUCACCUGUUUUUACACAUUGAGGAUGCAUGUUGGUCCCAAACAUCAUCUGUUGGUUUUUUUUGUGUAAUUAGAGCUGAUCUGGCAAUAACGGAGUAGCAACCGCGGGCGGUCAAUCAUGCUCAUGCUCAUGCUCAUGAAUGGCUUGAAGUAAAGUUUUAUUUCUACGUAAAUAUAAGAAUGGAAUAGUCAAAAAUAAGAAACUCAAAAGGGCAGAAUUUAUAAUUUCAUUGCAACUCAUGGUACUUCAAAAUUGAAAUGUAGACGUACGAAAUCUAUGUUGUUACAACUGUUACAAGUGAUUUAUUUUAUUUGUUUUAGCUACUUUUUCUUUAAAUUAAAUUGGAUUAAAUCCUUACAUUUCAGAUAAACAGUCAAUAGAUUAAUAAUUCUACUCUAUUUUCCUUUUUCUCAUUCUUAGGUUUAAAUAUUUCGAUUAUAUUGAUUAUUUAUCAGGUUUUUAAAAAUUUUGAAAUUACUUCAAGCGUUGUUAGAAUAUUCUCGCUUAAAAAUCUCUUCAUUUUCCCCCAUUUUCAGUAAAUACUCGUAAAUCAAUGUGCUUAUUUGUACAUUAUUUCAAACAAGCAAGCGGCUCGAAGAAAUAUGCCAAAUGACCUAACACUGUGUAUAGCUUAAGCAGCACAUCACUCUGCAGAAAAUUAGGCAUCUCCUCGAUUUAGUUCACUUACAGAUUAGAUACACUGCAACGCAAAGAACGAGUCCUCCCAUGUGAAAGGUGAAUGCAUACAACUUAUAUUUUGAACAGUGGAGAAACUUCCAAGGUUUACAUCGUAUUUUUAUUCGAUUCACUGUGAUAUUAGUUUAGAUUAUCCAGGAUGUCAAGGUGAAUUUGGUUUAACUAGAUUGAAACAAUCUCUUAGUAUCGUUUACGCUUCAGUUUUGCGCGACGUUUUAGUGUGAUCAGUGAUAUAGAAAAACGACAGGAAUCAUCAAUCAGUGCACAAUACAAUAUUAUAAUUCACCAAUAUGGUUACCCAGAAACAAUCGCCACUAUUUAAAGCAUCGUCAAACGCUGUUUAUCGGCAGAAAUUAGUCAGGAGUAUAAACUUACGGUUAUAGAAAUGUUUAUUGCUUUCUUUGAGUGCCAACUUUGGAAUGCGACGCUAUUCCACGCAAGCCACCAGCGCUGUAAAUAUGUUUAGAUUUACUUUCCGUACCAUAAAAUCAUGCUUAACACGGUGUAUUGUAGAUUGAUCGUUAUACCACUUUUCUUGAAAUAAUUCAGCUUGAUUUCUCGAUUGAUUUUAAUAGAAAUACCUAGGCUUAGCUUUUAAAUACCAAUGCCAGAUCUGAAUAUCAUGUUCUUUUGAAAAUUGACAGCAUACAAUAAAAUAAAAAUACGAUUGUAUAUAAAUUUUGUUUAGGUACA